CUUGUCCGCCAAUCCGCGCGCCGCGCCUUGGCGCGCGCUGCCAUGGUGACCGCGCGACGCCAUGCAGGGCCCCGGCGGCAGGCGGCGGCCCUCGCUGGUAGGGCAAGGACCAGGAGUAAGUUCUGGCAGCCAAAGACGAGCCAGCAUCGCAAGUGGCAUCUUUGCUAACAAAGCAAUGAGUUCCAGGAGACAAUCCACAACUUCUGAUAGCAAAGCCCUGGACACGGGAUCUCUCCUGGGGAACCAGUAUGAGAUACGGGUUUUUGAUGAUGAAGGAAAGGAUGUGACACCCCAUCCACUCUUCCAUUCAGACCCAAAGGAUGUUGUACCCAGGCAGGGCAAGCUCUUAUCAAGUGCUUCCUGUGGCACCACAGGACCUGGCUUUCUCUCUUCUUUUUCCAUGCAUCAGGCGGCAAAAGUGAGUGCAAGUUCAGGUUUGUUCUCAAGGACGUGCGGCAGCAGGAGCACUUCUAUAUCAAACAUAUCAACGACUGAGUCCAUGCAAGAUGAAAUCGCAGAACUUGGCUCUCAACAAGACCCAGCUGUUAGCUUAUCUGAUGUGCAGGUGAGGCAAGAGGAGAUUAAAGAAGAACUGACAAAAGAAGAGUUAGAUAGGAGAGUGGAUAUUUAUCUCACAGAGACAGAAACUCUAUGGAUGUUGGAUAUGCCAUCUGUUGUGGUGUCUGUAGAAUCAGAAGAUGCUGGCAGAGUUCUGGAGCGGAAUAGGAUUUAUACUGACAUUUGCAAAAACAGACCUGGCAACGAUCGCUUUGUGGAAAAAAUUAUGCAAACCAUUAAUGGCGCCACAAAGAACAAGGAAGUCCAAUGUGACAAAAUCAUCAUGGAAGAUAAAGGGCUGUUAGUCACUUCCUGGGACCUGUACGAUUCAUUUAACAUACAGGAGAAAGAAACUGUGUCAAAAGCAGAAGGUAGCAGACCCACAGAUGGGAAAAGCAGCACAUCUCACACAACUAAAGAGCGUGAUCAGACUAUGUCUGUCUCUUCUAACAGAGGUAGCACAACUCCUGUAACAAUUUCAGAAGGUGCUGUUCUUGCCAGGAUCCACAAAGAGGAGGAAUGCCAUUCAGAGGCUAUAUUAACAUCCAAAAACUUUCAUCUGAAUUUAUUUUUCAUGGAGAGGAUUCUAAUGGAGAAUAUUUUUCAACCCAAACUUGCAGCUUAUCGGCAGUUUCCUGUCCUUAUAGAUCCUGAUGUUACAUCAGACACUAGUGAUAAGGUAGCAGCCAUGAAAGAAGCUAAUGAGGAAGGGCAGGACAAGAAAAAGGAGGAUAAGGAAGAGCAGAAGGAAGCAUUCAUUGACCCAUCAGUUCUGUCAGAUCUAAAGAAAACCCUAGAAGAAACUGCACCUCCCAGACUGGAGCAGCUGUGGUCAUAUAUGUGUGAUUUAACACAUGGUCACAGUGUGAGCAGUAUGGCUUGGAACAAAGUCAACCCAGACCUUUUAGCUGUGGGUUACAGAGCAUUUGAUUUUAAAGAACAGAAGAAGGGCUUGGCUUGCUGUUGGUCACUGAAGAACCCCAUGUGGCCAGAGCGUAUUUUCCGGUGUAAGGAUGGUGUUACUGCUUUGGAUUUUUCUAUGGCAAGCCCAAAUCUUUUAGCAGUUGGAAUGUACAAUGGUUCUGUUGCAAUCUAUGAUGUACGGAACUAUGACAACACCCCACUUUUGGAGAGCAGUGCAUCUUCAAAUAAACACACAGGUCCUAUAUGGCAACUGAAGUGGGUGGAACAGGACAGAAGUGCAACAGGAGGUGGCAAGAAAGAGAGAUUAAUCUGCAUCUCAGCAGACAGCCGAGUAACUGAGUGGCUUAUACAGAAAAGACUGGACUGCACUAAUCUGAUGAAAAUAAAGCGAACAGGAAGUGAGAAGAAAAAAUUACCAGGUGAGAAAGGAGGGAAAAGAGAAGCUCCAAUAUCUCAACAGGCAGCUGGAAUGUGCUUUGACUUCCAUCCAAAGGAUACUAAUGUUUAUCUUGCUGGAACAGAAGAGGGUCACAUCCACAAGUGCUCCUGUUCAUGCAAUGAACAGUUUCUACAGACGUACCGGGGCCAUAAGGGUCCUGUGUACAAAGUCACUUGGAAUCCAUUCAGCACCGACAUGUUCCUAAGCUGUUCUGCAGACUGGAGCAUUAUUUUAUGGCAGCAGGAUUCACAGACGCCCAUUUUAACUUUCAGUUCCACCACUGCUUCUGUUAAUGAUAUUAUGUGGUCUCCAAAAUCAGCCUCCAUAUUUGCAGCAGCAAAUAAAAGCAGAGUAGAAAUUUGGGAUCUUAGUGUCAGCAUCUUCCACCCCGUGGUCUUUUGCUUCGCCAGCCCAGGAGCAGAAUUCACUUCUGUGCUCUUUGCCAACAACACUGACUGCCUUCUGGCAGGAGACAGUAAAGGAGAAGUCGGUGUGUUUGAGCUGCAGAACCUGGCUGCUCACAGCAGUAAUAAGCUCUUUUUUCCCCCUCUUGUUUUACAGGUCGAUAACUUACACGAUACAAUCAGAACUGCUGUAGCUGUUAACAGUAGCUAAGUGAUGCCACUUUGCAGUUGGUGGACAGCAAAGAAGACUUAUUGUAGUACUAAUGCAAACAAUUUGUGCUUUUUGAAACAUUACAAUGUCUCUGUGACUCCAUACUGGUUAGUAAUCUUCAAAUGCUCUGAAGUUUCCUCUGGAAGUCCCCCUCACUAGAUGAAGAAUCUACUCUAUUACUACACAAAUGGACUUCCCUGUAAUACAGAUAAGGUAAUAGGAAGGAUUCUGUAGUCUUUUCUCCUUGGGUUUUUUCUUUCCUUUUUUUUUUUGUUUGUUUGGUUUGUGGUUUUUUUUUUUUUUUUCCUGCAAAGUUUCUUCUCCUUGUUGUUUAUUUCCUUCAAGGCUUUUCUUCUUGGGCUACUCAAAACACAAAACUACCCAAAUCACCUCCUGUAUCAGCCACCCCAUCAGGAGCAAGAGCACAGCCCAAGUCCCUGCUAGAUUUAGCCUGUCUCUUCCCUGUGAAAAUGUACAGGAAAUUAAUGGACUUUUCAUCAGAUCCACCUUGUCUGUCAUCCCAUAAACCACCACUGAGGGUGAAGGCUGAGCUUUGCACAUGAGGUGCUCCUGCGAGUUGCAGAUCAUCGCACACCAGGCAGAAGGAGAGACCAACUUUUUCAACCCUGACAAAUUAGGAUAGUGUAAAACCACAGUUUAAGUUGCUUCUGUUGCACACUGGCAUGUUUCUGCAAAGUCCUCUCAUGAGGUAAUAGUGUCCUGGAGCAAGGACUGACUUCCACAGCUUGGGAAGCCAGGUCUGGUUUUUAGAGACCUCCCCACUUCCCCUAGCCCACCCCCAGCAGCUGGAGAGACAAAAGCUGCUGGGAACACGUGGUCAGGCCUGCAUUGCCAGCUGUCUUUUUGGGGGGCAAAUGAGAAGAAACAGAAAAAAGCACCCAGGUAGCCACCAGCUGGACCAUGGUGUCUGAGGGGAUUUUUGGAGACCUACUGGUCAUGGAAAACAUGGAGCCAUCUCUACAGAUUCAUAAUCAGGAGCAAAAUCUAGGCUACAGCCCUAUUGCCUGACCAGUGCAGCAGGGCUGCCCAGUCACGAGAGCCAGGCAAUACAAAAGCCCAGCAUGAGGUGCUCUGCCUGCCAACUGACAGAGGCAAUAGCUGCCUGCUCCUGAAAGCAUUAUGGAGCGAGACGUGUAUUUUAUAGAUACAGAACAUUCAGACUCUGUCAUUAGCCUGACAAUAAACAUCCAACAUUUAAACACAUCACCGAAGUUAAAGAUCAUUUGUGAAGCAUUAACAUUCACUUCCUUCUGUGUUCUGCACAUUUGACAGUGAACAUCCAAGCUAACCCUGGACAUAAAAUUAAUCUUCAUGCACUUCAAAGAAAGACACUCAUUAAGGUGAAUCAUGUGUUGACCAUUAUUACAAAUCUGAGCAGAAUACACCAUAUAUUUUCCAUCCAUGCUCAGGACUGUUUACCUACUGAUGCUACUGGUAAAAAACAAGCUUUCUGUCACAGCUGUAACACAUUGUAAUUCACCCUGCACAUAGUGUAAACUAAUUAACUGUAACAUUAUGGUGCUGGAAAACACUUGCGGUGCUAGGAAGUGCUAAAGAUAUCCAGUGUUCCACAUAUAUUUUGUUCUUAAACAUGGCAUUUCUGACCUCAUAAUUGACAAAUUUCUCCUCAAGGCAUUUUAUUGCUUUUUUUUAUAGAAGCUUACAGCAACUUCAGUCAACACCACUGAUCUACUGGCCUCUGGUCUUAAAGCACAGCAACACUGCUCCAUGCUGUUUUAGGAAACCCACUUCUGUCUUUCAGGAAUUACCAAAAGGAAAAGGACAGCCAGGAGACUAAUCUGUAGCUAUUCUGUGCUUUGUUUGGAGCGUCUCUCAUUCCUGUGCCUUUUUGGACAGGGGCCAUAUCCACAGGCCUCACUGUAGAGACGUGCCACGCACUGCACUGGAGCUACUUCACUGUAUG